AUGGCCUCAUUAGAUCCGGUUGCUGAACUGAACGAGUCGGACGGCACAGCCAGUCUGUCUCGUUCCAACGAGGACCAUGAAUCUAAUCUGAAAGCUUCAAAUUCCAUGGAAUCUGAUGAUCCUCGAAACUGGAGCUCGGCGCGGAAGACACUGCUCUUCAUAGCGCUGAUGUCAAGUUCUCUCUUAGCUGAUGGAGCAAUGGUUUGGGGAUCAACGCUGGUGACGCAGCAAGCAAUGGACUGGAAUAUCACAAUUAAUCACAGCGCUACAAGUAUGAACUAUGGCAUUCUUCUGCAAGGAUUUGGUGGAAUCUUCGCUGUGCCCUUAAUCGAGGCUUAUGGAAGGUUUCCCAUAUGGAUCUGGCCACAGGUCAUCACCAUGUUUAUGGUUUUGGGAGCUACUCUCUCGCAUGACUAUGGAACAUUUACCACGUUUCGAUCUCUGCAGGGCCUGUUCGGAACUGUUCCACAGGUCAUUGGCUUACCUAUCAUUCAUGAUGUAUAUCAGCCAGAUGGAUUCGCUGUUCUUGUGACCUUUCUCUGGCCGAUAGGCAUCACCACAACAAUAGACACAUUCAUGCAUAGCCCGCCAUACCUUUUCAACACGAUUGAGGCUUCAUCUAUGCGUUUUGCAGGAGUCAUCGGUGCUCUUUGCGGAUGGGUAGUUGGAUAUGUCUUCAACGAGCGAAUCUAUCACCGACAUUCGAAUGACUGGCGUCCCGAGUAUCGACUACAUGGAGUCUGGUUCCCAGCCGGUAGCUUAAUAGCUGGUCUUCUUACGUAUGGACUUACCAUGAAAUUCGGCAAACACUGGAUUGGAAUCGCAUUUGGCUGGAUCAUGGUAAAUAUCGGCAUGGUAGCAAUCAUUGUAACCAUCACUUCUUAUGCUCUGGCAAAAUAUCCAGAAAAGUCAACCUGUGUAUCUGCAAUUCUAAAUAUGUGGCGAACAUGUGGAGGCUUUGCCGUGGGAUACUUCCAGCCUGCGUGGAUUAUACGAAAUGGGCUGGGGCUUGUCUUUGGAAUACAAGCAAUUGUGGUUUGUGUUGCUAUUAUUUUGACUAUCACGCCGGUCAUUAUUUGGGGGCAUCGGAAGAGUCAGGUUGAUCAUGAAAGGGUUGAGAGCAGUGAGGCUGGAGUUGAAGCUGUGUGA